AUGAAGUGUUUAACAGUCGAACUCAUUAAACAAAUAUGGUCGAUCUUCGAGCUGUUUUCAUGGCUUUUGUUUAAAGGAGAGACAAAAUUGGAAUCCGGUAAUAGAACUAUUCCUGUAUCUUUGGACAAUAUCGCAAGCUUUGAACUUUUAGCGAGGUAUUUUGUGAUUUGCACACUAGAAUUAGUGGAUGAUUCAAGAUUGGAGUCAAGUCUGUGGGUGGAUGGCUUGGUAACAGUGGAGGCCGAGUGGCGGUUGGUGCAAGACAGAUUUGAGGAAUUGAAAGCGUUAGAUAAAGUUAUUUUCGAGCAGCUGGCAGAGGCGGAGGUUGUAGAGGAAGAAUUUGAAGCAGAACUGGAAGCCUGUGACCAGUAUAUCGAAAAGUAUCAUGCAAUGCACGUUACAUGUGUUAAGUUAUUGAGUCCAACUAAUGCGACAGUGGCUGAAACGAGUUCAGUAGAGACUGAAGAAGUUGAGAACCAAGGUGAUGACACAACAGCAACUAGACGAGUGGCUGCAAGGGGUCAGUUUAAAAAAAUAGAUGAAGCCAUAAGAAUAGACGAGCACGAUAAAAUUGAGUAUUUAAUUCAGGCUACUGUGCCGGGUAGUAGAGCGCGUCGUUUGGUGGAAAGUUUUCCGGCUGUUGCAGAAAAUUAUCCAAAAAUCGUUGAUAGUUUAAAGUCGCGUUUUGGUCGAGAAGAUCUUCAAACCGAAGUUUAUGUAAGAGAAUUAUUAAAACUGAUAUUAGUUAAUGCUACCGCACCUGAAAAAUUAGAUAUUGCUUCUCUAUACGAUAAAAUUGAAACACAGCUUCGGGCUUUAGACACGUUAGGUGACCUGUUGCGAGUGUGGCAACGUACGUCAGCUUCCAUUUGCAUAAGUAAUUCAAAUGCAGAAGUAGAAAAUGAGCAGAGAAUCGUGCUUGCUUCUGAAGGUUUUGGGAUUGUACCGGCCAAUAACACUUUUAAAGUAACUGAAAAACAGUGUUACAGGGAAAGAAGGUCUCUCUUCAAAGGAGGGUCAAAUUUACCCACCGCUGCGGGGUUAAUAAAUCAGUCGAUGAAUAAAUGUGUGUUUUGUGAAGGUACACAUGAGUCGGAAAAUUGUUUUAAGGCACAGGGGAUGUCUUUUGAGCAGAAAAAACAGAUUUUAUCCCAGAAAAAGGCGUGUUUUAAAUGUUUAAAAACAGGGCAUCUAGCAAGACAAUGUAGGGUUAAAUUACGAUGCCUUAUUUGCUCUAAGAUACACGCGACGUUAAUUUGUGCUGAUUUGCCGGCUUAUCUGAAGACAGGUGAUGAGAAAAAGGAAGCAACAAUUCAUAAAAUAAAAUCACCAGUAAACAACAAUAAAACCGAGACAUUGUCAAGUUCGAAUUUUACUGAUUCUAGUGUUCUUUUACCAACUUUAAAGGUAAAUGUAGAAACUAAGAAUGGCCUUCGAAAAGUUAGAGCCUUGAUAGAUAGUGGUUCGCAGAAGUCGUACAUCGUAAAAGCAAUAGCACAACGAUUAGGCUACCGAUCUAAACGUAAAGAGCGUGUUGUACACGGGUUGUUUGGCGGUUCGAAAGUAGAACAGUUGCAUGAAUGUUAUGACGUCACAUUAGUUAGUGGAAACCGAUUUAAUUUUCAAAUCCAUGGACCGGCGUAUGAAGAAUUAUGUCAACUUGGCGUUUGUAUAGAAGACGUAAAUAAUUAUGAACCCAUAGAGCUUUUGUUGGGAGCGGAUAUAGCGGGUGCUAUUUAUACGGGAGAAAAACGCGUAUUGUCGUGCGGUUUAGUCGCACUCGGUACGGUUUUCGGAUGGACAGUAAUGGGUAAAGUAAAUAACGUUAAACCUACUUUUAAUGCAACGUUGUCAUGUCUAGUUAGAGAUUUGGCUAUAAGUGAAUUAUGGGAAUUAGAUGUACUGGGGAUCAAGGAUCCAAGCGAAAAGAAAAGUAGAGAGGAAAUGACGGAAGCAGCACAACAGUUUUUUAAUGAUACGACUGAGAGAGACAGCGAAGAUAGAUAUGUCGUAAGGUUACCAUGGAUUGAAGAUCAUCCUCCACUUCCUACCAAUUACGAAAUUGCGGAAAAGAGAUUACAAGUUGUUUGCAAGAAGCUGGAACAAAAGCAACUUUUCGAUACCUAUAAUAAAGUACUGGAAGAAUGGUUAAAAGAGGGCAUUAUUGAAGAGUUGAAAGAUGACGAUAAACAAGGGCAUUAUUUGCCACAUAGAGCUGUAGUAAAAGAAAAUUCGACAACGAGAGUUCGACCUGUUUUCGAUUCGUCUGCUCAUAAAGAAAAUAAAUCUUCGUUAAACCAAUGUUUAGAAAAAGGAGCCAAUCUUGUGAAACUCAUUCCUUCUAUCAUUUUACGGUUUAGAGAAGGUAAAAUCGGUGUUAUUUCAGACAUAAAAAAGGCCUUUUUACAGAUUAGUGUCUGCGAAUCAGACAGGAAUUUUUUUAAAUUUCUUUGGGUAGACUUACAAGGAAAUCAGAGAGUUUUUAGACACAGAAGAGUGGUUUUCGGUGUGAGUAGUAGUCCGUUUUUGCUGGGAGCAACAAUUAACUUACAUCUAAAAACUUGUUUGGAAAAAUGUAAAAGCGAAAUUUUGAAUUAUUCUAGCGAUACUGUUAAGAGGCUGGAUAAAAGCUUUUACGUAGAUAAUUGCGUGACAAGUUUACAUGAUAAACAAUCUCUUACUAAGUUUAUUCAGGAAGCAAAACAUGUAAUGAGUGAAGCCCAGUUUGAUUUACGAGGGUGGGAGUCAACUGGCGGACUGGAAAACAGCUCUACAGUGGUUUCGGUUUUGGGUUUGAAGUGGUUUCCGGAAGAGGAUUUAUUGACUGUAAACACCGAAAAUGUUAAAGACAUUGAAGAUAAGGAAAGAAAAAUAACAAAGAGAUUUAUUUUAUCGGUGACGCAGCGAUUAUUUGAUCCAAUUGGUGUAAUUUGUCCGGUUACACUGAAACCUAAACUUUUAUUGCAAACUUUAUGGGAAAAAGGGGUUAAUUGGGACGAAGAAGUGGAUGACAAUACGGUUAGAGAAUUUUCGCAAUGGUUGAAAGAGUUAUCAUUAUUACAAAAAGUUCAGAUACCACGUUGGAUUGGUUUGGAUCCACAACUUAAUCAGGCAUUGAGUCUCCAUGUAUUUUGUGACGCUAGUAAGAAUGCUUAUUCCGCGGUGAUUUAUCUUCGUGUAGUGCAGGACGGCCAAGUUAUAGUACAUUUAACUGCUGCCAAAUCCAGGGUAGCACCACUUAAAAAACUUACUAUACCUCGCUUAGAAUUACUUGCUGCUACUAUUGGGGCAAGAUUAUGCCAGAGUAUCCUAGAAAAUUUUGAAGGUAACAAGAAUUGUUAUUUUUGGAGUGAUUCCACUACUGUGUUGGCGUGGAUUAAAAGAAAAGAGGAGUGGACAGUGUUUGUAACCAAUCGAGUUAACGAAAUUCGGCAAAUGACUAAUGUGGAUAAUUGGAAUCACGUGCCUGGGAGUCAAAAUCCCGCUGAUCUACCCUCUAGAGGUUGUUCUCCAAAAGUUUUGUUGGAGUCACAUUGGUGGGAGGGACCAGAUUGGUUGAAGGAAGAACCGCUAAGAUAUCCUCAAGGAGAAGCUGAGAACAACGAGGGAGAGAUUUUGUGCGAACGUAAAAGGAAAUUAGUUGUUUCAAUGCUUAACGAUGCGAGGACUGAUGAGUUCCAUUUAUAUUAUUUUUCGCAAUAUUCGAAGACCAUACGAAUGAUGGCAUGGAUUGUGAGACUUGUUUUUAAUGUUAGAAAUCAUGAACAGAAGCGCACUGGUGAAAUAACUGCGGAAGAACAAGAGAAGGCGGAAAGGUUUGUUUUGAAAUCAAUACAAGAUGAAGCAUUUGAUGGUGAUAAAGACAAGCGAUUAAGUACGUUGCCUAUUUUUAAAGAUGAGUACGGUCUGAUUCGAAUAAAGACAAAAAUUUGUAAUCGAAAAGAUAGUGACGAAUUCAGAUUUCCGAUUGUACUGCCCCCAAAACAUGAAAUUGUAGGACGAUUAAUUUUCCAGUUGGAUAAAGAUACCUGCCAUUCGGGAGUACAAGCACUGAUGAGUUCUUUGAGAGAAAAAUAUUGGGUUUUGGGCGGUAGAAGAGCAAUAAAGACAGUCGUAAAUCAAUGCAUUGUGUGUCGUCGGUUUGAAAGUAAAAGGUUUGAAGCAGUUGUUCCUUCUCUUCCGAAUGAUCGGGUAAGGGAUGCAGUGACUUACGAAAUUACCGGCGUGGAUUUAGCUGGUCCCUUGUUUCUUAGGGAAGGUAGUAAGGCCUGGAUUUGCUUAUUUACGUGCGCGGUUUACCGAGCGGUACAUUUGGAAGUUGUUACUUCACUGUCGACCCAACACUUUAUCCAGGCAUUACGACGUUUUGUGGCACGGCGCGGCCGUCCGCGAACAAUUUAUAGUGAUAACGGCACAAAUUUCACGGGAGCAGAAAAUGCAUUCAGAAACUUAGACUGGUCGACUAUACUACAUUAUACCACUGCGCAAAGAAUCGUGUGGAAGUUUAACCCACCUAGUGCCGCUUGGUGGGGUGGUUUUUGGGAACGGUUAAUUGGUAUGUUAAAGCAACUUUUACGAAAGGUAUUAGGAAAAGCUCGAGUAAAUUUAGAGGAAUUAAACACCCUCCUUUGCGACUGUGAAGCUGUCAUGAACGCUCGACCAUUGACUUAUGUUUCGAGUGAUCCGAAGGAUUUAGUGCCUCUGACACCAGCUAUGUUCACACGAGAGUUGGUACAGGAAGGUGUUCCUGACUGUGACGCGAAAGACGGGUCGUCGCUUAAUCGGCGAAUUAAAUAUUUACAAAAACUUCGCGAGAACUUACGCAACCGGUUUCGAAACGAAUAUCUUGGACAAUUAAAGAUAAUAACAAACAAUAUAACUAAACGUUCGGUACGCGUUGGUGAAGUUGUUCUUCUAGGCAACGAUUGUGAUAAACGUAUUGCUUGGCCUUUGGGUCGAAUUAUAGAAAUAAUCCCUGGUAAGGACCAAGAAGUUCGUUUGGUACGUGUGGCUACUAGCAAAGGUCAACUGUUGCGUCCAAUACAACGUUUAUAUCCUUUGGAAGUAGUAUCCAAGACGGUUUCGAACAGUGCCGAUGAAGAGUCAGCCGAAAAGGAUGCAUUAGAAGAUGAGGUGCAGUUGCCUGUUGUAGAAAUAAAAGAAAACCCAGAACACGAAGAAAAUGACAGUGACAGUGCAGUAGUGAAAACUAAAAGCAGAGCACCCGAGUGUAAAGGUGUAGUAACACGUUACGGAAGGGUAACUCGUGUGCCGAAAAGAUUUUUUACUCAACUAAGCUGGAGAGACAUUCAACAUUUAACUGUCCUAACUUCGAAAAGAAAUUCCCUAUUCGAUGCUAAAGGCAGAUUUAGAUGGACGAUGAACGGCGUCGGGUUGGAAUUCAAUCACUUGUUUGGGUUCGGGGUUUUGGAUGCUGGUGCGAUGGUUGCUUUGGCCAAACAGUGGAAAACCGUACCUCCAAGGUACCAUUGCGAUGCUGGAACUGUAUCUGAAAUAAAGCAAAUUCCUUCAAAGAAUUCGUUGGUUAUGGAGAUCACUACUAACUCAUGUGAGGGUGAUAAAACCGAAGUAAAGUAUUUGGAACAUGUUCAAGCUGUGAUUACAUUGAAUUCCACUCGAAGAGGAGACGUGGAGUUGUUUUUGACAUCACCUAUGGGAACAAGAUCGAUGAUUUUAAGUAAGAGAGUUAAUGAUGAUGACUCACGUGAUGGAUUUUCAAAAUGGCCUUUCAUGACUACGCACACCUGGGGGGAAUACCCACAAGGCAAAUGGGUUCUUGAGGCAAGUUUUAAUUCAGAUGUGCCUCAAUCAGGCUUUAUAAAAGAGUGGAACCUUAUGCUUCAUGGCACAAAAGACCCUCCCUACACCGAACUUUCCGCUUUAGAUCCUCAUUCCAAACUAGCAAUUGUUAAGAAGGCUCACGAAGGCAGAACCAAAAUAUAAAUAAAAAAAAAACACAUCAAUUUAUUUAUUUUUGUUAAUUCUUUCAAAUUUAUAUAUUUUAUUUAAAUAGUUUAUAGGAUGGAAAGUACCAUAAUAUCCAAUUUAACCUAAUUAAUUUAACUGUAAUAUAAGCAUGUUAUUAUAUUUUAA